UGGAACACAGUUCCUUCAGAAGGACUCGAUCCUUUUAAGAAGUUGGACAAGCUUAGAUUUGCUCUGCAGUUUCUGUCAAGAUUUUUUUUUUUCCCCUGAAAACCAAUCAUGAUGAGAAGAAGCACUCGACUACAGUCACUGGGUUACUACAACCUAGACGGACUGCCAACCAUCUCCUACAGAGAGACUUCAUGCAAAAUCUUCAGAAAGCGAAGGAAAUGUAAAAGUGCCGACCCGAAAACAGAAAUCGAAAUCGUUCCUCACAUAGACAUGAACUUGGUCUUAGACACGGACUCGGACUCAGAAACCAUCAUUUGCUCUGAGUUUGACUUGGAGACCAACGCAGACACCAUCCCGUACACGGACUUUGACUUGGAGAUAGACAACAUCACAUCCACAAACGUAGGCACGGACUCAGACGCAGAAACCGUCACAUACACAGUGUUAGACACAGACUCAGACACAGAAACCAUCCUAUGCACAGACUUGGACAUAGAGUCAGACACAGAACCCAUCCCUCACAAAGACUUGAACAUGAACACUGAAGCAGGGAUGAUAAGAGAAGAAGAAGAACCACACUCCAAAACCAGUUGGAUGACCAUCGGCAGUAAGCUGUUCCCCAAAAGGAAAUACAAGGAGAACAUUAGCUUGUUCUUCAUCACGUGCCUCGUGGUUUUUGUUCUGGCUUACCCGAUUUAUGCUAUGAGCUUCACACCUGAAGAGUCUCCUGCUUCCCCUAUUGCAGCAGACAUGGCCUCCAGUGGAUACUGCAAAGAGAUGACAAUGGAUCCAAUAGAGCUGAUGAAGACUCUGAGGGGCUGUCUCCCACCAUAAAUUAGCAUUAGCAUCACAGAGCCCAACCAAAACCAGAUCCACUCCCAGAGUUAUGGAUAGGUAAGUAUGAGGUAAGUAUGGAGGUAAGCAUGUCUACACGACUUCAAUCAAGGUGAAAACUACCAGCCUGUACCCACCUGUUAUCUACCUACCUGCAUAUCUACCCACCUGUUAUCUACCUACCUGCAUAUCUACCCACCUGUUAUCUACCUACCUGCAUAUCUACCUACCCCUCUGUCUGUCUAUCGAUAUAUAUAGAUAGACAGAUCUUCCUCCCC